AUGAGCACUCGAGAAGCUCUCGCAGAUUGUCUCGGUUCUCAAAAGCAUUUGCUACAAUUUUGGGACGAGUUAGAUGAGGAACAAAAAACAAAUUUGACCGUCCAGCUUGAAGAGAUUGAUGUCGACGAAUGCAAGAAAGCUUUCAUCGAUUCUAAAUCAAUUCAUGUGCCAGACUUUGCCAAUGUUCGACCAGUGCCUAGCAGUAGAUAUGUCGUCUCAUCAAAGCUAUCCACAGAAGAAUUCGAUCGACUUUUCCAAGUCGGCCUCGAGGCGAUCUCUCGAAAUGAGUUAUGCGUGUUGGUGUUGGCUGGUGGACAGGCAUCAAGACUCGGAUCUCUACAGCCCAAAGGAAUUCUUCCACUUGGAUUGCCGGUCGAAAAUGGAGUGUCCGUGGUCAAAGGCGACAGUCUAUUGGCUCUUCAGGCUUCGAAAAUCAGUCGACUGCAAGGAAUGGCCGCAAAGGCUUUCCCAGGAAGCUCCGGCAAAAUUCAUUGGGCAGUGAUGACGUCACGGGGAACACAUGAGGCGACCGUUGAACACUUGAAGACGAUCGUUCCACUCAAUGGUUUAUCGAUAAAUGACGUCACCGUGUUCAGUCAGUCGAAUUUGCCGACUUUUGACUUCUCGGGUGAUCUAUUUUUGGCGAAGAAAGAUGAGUUGUCGACGGCUCCCAACGGUCACGGAGGAGUACAUUCAGCGCUCGCCAAAUAUUUGCCAAAAUUGCGAGCACAUGGCGUAAAAUACAUUCAGACUCACAAUGUCGACAACGUUCUUUGUCGAGUCGGUGAUCCGGCGAUGCUUGGCAUGAUGUUGGAGAAAAAAGCCGACUGUGCAUCAAAGACUCUCGAGAAACAGCCUGGAGACCUCGUUGGCAGUGUGAUCAUGGAGAAUGGACGGCCUCGUGUCAUCGAGUACUCGGAGCUUGGCGAUCUCGAAGCACAAAGGGACGAUGACGGAAAGUUGCUCUAUCGGGCUGGCAGCAUCAACAUUCACUUUUUUGAGCUCAAUUUUCUGGAACGGGUCUACUCUUCUUCCUUUCAAUUGCCCUAUCAUCGAGCGGUGAAACGGGUCGACUGUGUGAAUGAGCAUGGAGUCACUCACCGUAGCCUCCAGCCAAAUGCCAUCAAACUCGAGCAGUUCAUCUUCGACAUUUUUCCCAUUUCAAAUAACUUCUAUUGCUGGGAGGUGAUUCGUGAGGACGAGUUUUCACCAUGGAAAAACGAGGAAAGUGUCGGGAUCGAUUGUCUCUCGACUUGUAUUCGAGCUCUAGCCGAUCAGUCGAGGCGAUGGCUUGAGCAAGUCGGUGCCGAGUGUCCGCAUGGAAAACAAGUGUUUCUUGUGUCAUCUCGUUCGUAUUGUGGUGAGGAUCUCGAAGAGUAUUGCGACAAACACAUCACAGACACUGUUAUUCAA